UCAUAUUUUUGUAGGAAGUGCAAUUGGUGGUAUUGUGUGAAAUGAUUGAAUAGUGCGAAUUAUCCGCAAUGCCGAAACAACCCAAGAAAUCCAACCUUGGAAGAGCGCUUGUCAAGGAUAAGUUCAGCAAAAAGCGACAUGAUCGGGGAGAAUCUAUGCUUCAUGCCGCCGAACUCAAAGAUGGAGCGGACUGGAAUCGUCUCAAUUUGCGCUCUGUUACCGAGUCCAACAACUUGGACGAGUUUCUCGCGACGGCGGAACUGGCCGGAACUGAUUUCAAAGCUGCUCGACUCAACAUGACUUUCAUUCCCCCUUCUUCCAAGAUCGGCGUGCUUUCAUCGGAAGAAAAGGCUCAGCUUGCACAAAAGCACGAAGAAAUGGCGUCGUGUCUUCGAAUUCCGAGACGGCCUGCUUGGGAUGCCUCUACAACGCCAGAAGAACUCGACAUGUUGGAGAGAGAAUCUUUCCUCGAAUGGCGUCGUCGUCUGGCAGAAAUCGAAUCUGGUCCCGAUGGCGUAAUUUUGACUCCAUUUGAGAAAAAUCUGGAGUUUUGGCGUCAACUCUGGCGCGUCGUGGAAAGAAGUCAUGUGGUGGUGCAGAUUGUUGAUGCGAGGAACCCGUUGCUGUUUCGUUGCAAAGACUUGGAACGCUACGUCAAAGAAGUGGAUUCCAAGAAACAAAACGUUAUCCUCGUGAACAAGGCCGAUUUUCUAACCAGAAAGCAACGAGACGCUUGGGCUAACUAUUUUGCGGAACAAGGCUUGAAAGCCAUUUUCUUUUCCGCCACGAAGGACGUGGAGGAAGACCAGUCAGUGUUCAAAUUAUGA